AUGAAGGAAAACAAAUCGGAUAAUGUGUUAGACACGGGUAUUCAACAUUCUGCAACAAGUCGUAAGAGGAGAAUAUCUUCUGGCAGACUGCAUGAAUGCCUUGGAUACAGCUACUCAACAUUUUAUCGUCGUCAAAGACGGUUACGUGAUGCAGUAUUUAGUGACUGGGACUUCUGGAAACGUUACUGCUCAUCAUCUAGAGAAGAUGUGGCAAGGGAUAAUACAGUAACUUUGCCUUCAAGUUCAACUGUACAGGGAACAGUGGGUUUACCUAGUACUAGUGAGACCGUCACUGUUGUUUCCCAAAUUGAAGAGAAUCAACUUCAGGUUGUUCCUGAAAAGAUGACACAAAAGGAGCUUGUCAGAAAGGCAAUUAUGGAAUUGUUCCUUCAGAACAAUGUAACAGGGGCUCUUGCGCAAAAUAUCUUGGACUUUAUGCGUAAAUUUAUUCCACAUGUUCCAACAACCAUAAGAGGCUUGCUAAAAGAUAGUGGCAUGUGUGUACCUAGAUUUCUUGGACGGAAGGGAAAUCUGCAGUGUCAACUGCGGGAAUUUGAUACAUAUGAGAAUUGUAAAAAGGGUGUAGAGCUUUCGAGAAGCAAUGAUCAAGGCACCAAGAGGGCAGGCAUGGACGAAAAUACGUUGCCAAUGCCUAGUAAGAGACCAAAAAGGGAUGUCAAGAAAAUUGAGAAGAAUUUUCUUUACAACUCUAUGGAUAUUGAUGAAGUCGCCAGUGAGGCUGGUUGCAUAA